AUGAGAGACUUCCAAAACACCGAUGCGGACACACAUGAUGCGGCAACGCGGUUGGUUAAUGCAAUGUUUCUCAGUCCAUCCGAAGAUGAGUUCCAAACCGUGAAAAACAGAAUUGAUGGUGUGAAAAAUUGGAUGGAGUCACGCGGCAACAUUAACAACGGUCUGAACAAGAAAAAACCAUAUCUGUUUUGUGGUGACUCGUGGGCGAUUCGCCAAGACAUGGAUAGCCAGAUGAAAGAUAAGAACGGGGAAAAAAUGGUCCAUGAAUCGGAUGGCAAGCCUUUCCGUAUCAAGGACAGCAAAGACCUGAGGAAAGCCCAUAAAAAGGUGGCCAAAGAGUUGGGAACAAAGGAAAAAAAGAUCUAUCCAUACUGGAGUCCCGCUAUUAACGCCUAUUUUUUCGAUCGGAGUUAUUCUGACGACCCAAAAAAAGGAGGGUGUGACUUGGAGGAUGUCCUUGGCUUCACCUUCCACCAUGACUCAAUAAGUGGGAUUGUGCUCUGUGAUAAGUCGUUUACUGGAGUUCGGCUGCAUCAGAAAGAGGUUUUCCCACUCUCGAAAGAUACCUUCGAGAAUUAUGGAGGCAAAAUCAACGAUUACCCUAGUACAAGGAUCGAAGACGUCUUACCGGCGGCUCGCACUCUAUACCACGAGCUGUUCCAUUUAUAUUGGGGUGCCGACUUAUACCCAAACGGCGGGGAGGAAUACAAAUUUCGCAAACUUACAAAUGACAAGAAGUUUACGACACAACAAGCAAUGUCGAACCCGGAGAACUAUGUUUUACAAGCUGUUGCCUAUGAUUACACUCUAUCCGUUACGACCAAGUCAAAGUUCUACCCGGUAGAGUUCUAUACCGGUUUUGCCACCUAUACAAAAUGA